AUGUAUAAGCAACCUUAAUAACCUACGCCUAGAAAUGUUAUUAAAUAAACUCCGCUUAAUACUUAAGAAAUUCUGUAAAGGCUUAUGAAAAAGUCUUCUAAAUCAAAACUCUAAUUGGUGGAUAUAGCUGAUGAUAGUAAGAUUGUUAAAAACGAGAAAUUUGUUUCUAAAUCUCCUUGUUCAGGAUGGCAGAGCUUUAGAAAUUAAAGUUCUGAGAGAGGGAUUCAUAAAAUAAGACAUUAAUCGAAUGAGGAUUUAUAAAAAACUCUAAAAAAACCAUGUCAUUUAAAUCAUGUAAGUUCGAUGAUUGGAUUUCAAUAAAAGGAUUUUAUUUAGAAUGCGAAUGCCUUUUUAAGAGAAAAAAAUCUUGAAAACAAAUUAGAUACUUUGACUCAAUAGAUCUCUAAAUUAAGGGAAAAAUCGGAAUAAUUGGAAUUACAGAACAAAUUAUUAUUUGAUAACUUACAGAAGUAUAAAUGUGAAGGCAAUCAAGAAAGAAGUGCUUUGCUUGAGAGGUUGGAUCACAUGAUUGAAAUGCAGUAGAAACAAGAGGAGAAUCUAUAGCAUAUUAAGACGUUGUUUGGUGACAAUUCCAGGAGAAUAAAGACCCAAUAAUCCUAACCGAAGCAGAGGAGUUUUGGAAAAUCUGCUUAUAUGGGAUUCAAUGUGUGA